AGACAAGCGCAUGAUGAAUUGUUGUGAUGAUGGUCGUUCCGGUUAGAAUGAAAGCAAAAGGACGACUACACAGAUGCAGCUAUAGUCACCCUACAUGGCUAUAUAUGCGCAUACAAGACUCCCUACCAGAGCUCGUCACUGUUCCAUCCAUCACCCAGGACGUUUUCGUCAUUAACACCCAUAAAUUAGCUUUCGAACUCCUCGAUAAACGUGCCAACACCUCAGAUCUCGUAGUAGACUCUGAGGUGAUACGUGGCAACCAGGCCUUCUUUAUAAGUAGACGCUUCGUGUCGGCUUGUCUUCUCACUCGACACUCUCUGUCCAACACAAGAACAAUCGGCAUCUGUUUUUGCCACCACGCUCUUCCACACAUGCGUGCACAAGCCUGUUGACGCGGGAUAGUCGCAUUCUGGAUACAAGUUUCUUGAAGUCAUUCGACAGGUCAUAGGCAUGAAUGUCGUCAGCAUCAUUUAUGGCCCUGAAUCUAUUGUCCAAGGUGAAAAUAGAGGCAGUGAACGUCUGACUGUCGGCUUGUCGAAACAAGACAUGGAAAAGUACAUACAUGACGCAGACGAGGCGCAUGCCCUUUUUGCUAAAGCACUUGUUUCAAUUGCUUACAUAGUAGACUAGAUACCAUGGUGUA